AACAUGGACGGCUGAUAAUUUAGUAAAUUUUCGACCGUCCGAUUCAGCAACUAUUGUUCAAAGGGUUUUGCGAGGGUUUCAAACCUUUGGCUGUGCAAACAGAAACAAAUUUGUAACGGGAAAGAUUGGAUUUUAUUAUGCUGAUAGCUUGUUUAUCAAAUACAUUUCUUGGCUGCCCCUGCAUUGAAGGUUAUUUGUGGAGGUUUUUUUGGUCUCAUUUGGCCAGCUGCAGCUUACCAAAAAAGUGGCGUAGCAGUCCAGAGAGGGGUUACAAGGGUUGGAAGUAGGCGGCAGACUCUUGCAAGGGAUUCCUCAAGGAUUCGUGGGACUUUGGCAGUGAAGGUGGCACGGAAAUUGCAAGCAAGUUGCCAGCUGACUCUCACAACAACUCCAAAUCAGAGGUGCGCUUAUAGUAGAAGGAAUAAGGAGGUCGUGGGAGUACUUAGAGGACAUCAUUGAGCCAUAAAAGGGAUGUGACAGCAGUAGUAGCAGAUCAGACAGAGCUCUAGAGGACGUAGUAGCCCAUUCUAAACGCCAUCCAAUUUAGAUUAAUUGUAUCUGGCAUCAUUGAGAAUAAACAAGAUUGAAGCUUUUUGGUACUCAAAACAUGAUUUCAAAAUGCUUCAAUUUUUUACUUUUUCAGAUUAACAGACAGACAUCGUAGUUCCACUGAUCAUGGGGUCAACAAGCAAGGAUCUGCUCCAUUUGGAACAAAACUCCAACAUAACUGCUUUAGAGAAGAGUUUAUUUAUGCUUGAAAACGCCAGAGACAACCCUCAGAAGAAAGAAAAUGCUAUGCCAAGUAGCAGUAAGAGUUCACUAAGAACUACUGCUGUGCCAGAAAGCCAAGUUUUGGGAAGGCUUAAAGGGUUUUUGCAAGUUAUUGAUGAAGCAAAUCGCAAACUCCAAACUAAUGACAAACCUCGUGAAGACUAUGACAUCGAGGUGCUGACAGGAGAGGAAGAACACUACAUUGAGAUGGAUCUGGCCCUGGGUGUUGCAGAUCUUCAUACUCCAGAAGCUCUAGCUGCAGCUGAGUCAGCUUUAGCUAGUCAAAGGGAGAUUUGUGUGCCUGCAAUUAGUGAUGAUAGUCAUAGUAGUUACUGCACAGAAGCCACUGAUGACAGUGAGUCUGAGACGAAGGUUAAUAAUGAUCUCGAUAGUUAUGGGAAUUGUGACACAGAAGAUGAUGAUGAUAGCUAUAGCAGCUUUGAGUUGGAAGCUAAUAGGACAAGCGAGAAGUUUAGAAGUAAUGAUAGUGGUGCUAACAAGUUGGGUCAAUUUCAGAAGUCUGGAGUAAAGAGGUUAGCAUGUCUUGGAAAGGGACAAAAACGCCGUAAAAUUGAAAUGCUUAAAUAAUUUUUUGCUUCGUGCCUUUUUAACUUUUUGUUGCAGGAGGCAACAAUAAUGUAAAGAUAGUGGGAUUUUGUUCUAUUUAUUUUGGUGGGUAUAAGAUGAAGUUACUGUAUUAGAGUGUUCUAAAUCUUUUCAAAAAAUAAUAUUCUUUUUAA